GAGGAAGUGAAAAAAUAACAUUCCAUAAAACUAUAAAUAUAGACAUUAUUUAAUCAGACUUUGAAGAAAUUUUAUUACAGAUUUGCUGACUUCAUACCAAACAAAGAAUGUUUCAACAACCUGGUUAUAUUGAGAAUGCGUCACUGAGACUGUCAGAUGUUCUUACUGACAUAGGAGUGGAUGAGAGAAUUGUUCUGAAAAGAAGAAGAACAUGGCUGCUGAUGGAAUCUAUGGGAACAAUAUCAACACAACUACAGGAUGCGAAUGGUUCAGAAUACUACUUAGGCAGUCAGUCUGAGGGUUCUACUACACCGGGACUCAAGUCAGACAUAGAUCAACUUCUCUGUUAUAAUGGCUAUAAUGUUAUACAAGGUUGGGCUGACUGGGAACCUGGUUUGAGAAAUUACUUGAUGAUCCAGGAUGUGACUGUAUCACCUGGCUAUUGUCUACUACAAUAUCUUAGACAUGAUGCUCCUAUUCCUUACAAUGAGGUACCUAACCAAUAUCAUUACGGAGACAGAACAGGAAGAAUUUUGCUAAAGAAUACAUUCAUCUCAGCAGUAGCAGCUGAUGCUGUUGGGGGAGGAGUAAGACAUGGUCCAGCAUAUGCAGAACAAGGACAACCUGGGUUUAUUGAUAUUGACAUAGUUGGUGCUCUCCACUGUAAAACAUGGCCUCUACAAGCUAGACAAUGGUUAGACCAGCAAGGUGUAGGUCAGUGGCCUUCAGAUCACAUGAAGAGAUAUUGUAGCAGUACUGGAUGUUUUGUUGUUGGCGUUGGAAGCAAGGGCAGUGAAAAUGAAGAACUGGAAUGGAGAAUAUCAACAUCUCUAGCAGAAAGGUGUUUAAUGUUUAAUCUCGAUAUUACACAGAUUCGAUGUUAUGUGUUGAUGAAGAUGAUAUUAAAAACCUUCAUCAAACCACGCUUUGAAGACAGUAUUUCAAGUUUCAUGUGUAAAACAGUUCUGUUCCACUGUAUUGCAAAUACACAUUCUAAUUUCUGGAGAGAAAAUAACUUACUUGUUUGUCUAUCAUUGUGUUUAUUUGUCCUGUACAACUGUGUUUUGAGUGAAAACUGUCCUCAUUUUAUGAUGCCUGGAAACAACUUGAUGAGAGGACAUAUUUCACAUGCAUCUAAACCUUACAUACUUCAAAUACUGCGUUAUAUUAUAAACAGCAAAGGAAGAGUAUUGCUGGAGAUUCAGUGUGAUGAUCUUGGCGCAAGAUUUCAUCAGAAGUUGAUUAAUUUGCUCUUUGAGUUUUUCAAAACAAGUGACACUAUUUCAGGGCGCUUAUUAAUGUCAACUGCACAGUUCAUUGAUCAGAACAUACAGGACUGUGUAACUAAAAUAACACACAGUAGUUAUGAAGAAUCUAUACAAACAUUGCUGAAGUAUAUUUUCAAACUAGCCAUUAUUUAUGAUCAAUGCAAGGAACUGGAUAAAACAACCUGCAUUCUUCUGGCUCCAUGGUUCUUUUUAAAACUGGGAUCUGUCGUUGAGGCCUACAACAUUCAACAGUACAAUGCUGUAUCAGCAGACGCUCUCACCUGGAUCGCACUGGGUCUGAGCACCGAUGUUGCGUCAAGUAAACUGAAGCUAGCAUCCAUGUUAUACUGCAUAGGAGAUACUCAAAGAACAGAAAUUGUUCUCAGAGAUAUUGAAGCAAACUAUGAUCUAAACAUUGUUGAGCCUGUUUGCAAUUGCCAUAGAUAUAUUUGUCAACCCCUAAGAAGAGGGUUUAACACAAUAUGUGACAAUCAUAAUGAAGAAGCUAUACAUUACACUACAGCAUUCUGUGUCAAAUUUCUUCCAUGUGAAAUUAACUGUGCUUCACAUGAACUAAGACAUGAAAUGUUUAGAUCUACACAAGAGGACCUAGCUUUCAGAGGUAGAUAUGACCAUUGGAUGGACUGGGCUGUGGUAGAUUCCCUCCCUUACCUCUACUUCCUACAAUACAAGACCUACAGCACUACUGGGAGACAUGAAGAUAAGCAAUAUGCACUUUCCAACCUAAUCAGAACCAUUGACAAGGAACCUAACCUUGGACACAGGGAAACAGCUCUAAACCUACUGGGACAGUGUAUGGAACAAGAGGACCGAGCUAGAGAUGCUUUACAAUGUUAUCUAAUAUCCCUAAAUCUAAGGGAAAGAAACAAUGCUGCAAAGUUACAUAUCUGCAGACUGCUGUCUAAUUUGGUUUAAAAUGAACAAGAUACAGUUAUUUGACCAGUAAGUGGAGAAAAUCAAAGUAAAGAAAAACAAUUUGGACCUCAGAGGGAUUUGAACUGACACCCUUCCGUUCCACAGUCUACAAGAGAUCACAGAGUGAUCUUGGCACCCACCAAUGUGCCAUUUUUGAGUGUUCCAAAUUUCAAGACUUACUGACUAGCUCAAGGUCAAAUUUCAUUUCUUUACAGAACACUGUGCAUGUGGUCCAAAUUCAAAAGCUGUAGCUUAAGAAAUGUGGAAGUAGGUCACUAGAUCAAUUUCAAGGACAAAGUUCUUUGUAUACACAACUAUGCAUGUGCAUCAAGUUUGAAGGCUGUAGUUUGAGAAUUUUGAAAGUAGGUCGCUCGGUCAAUCUUAAGGUCAAAGUUUAUUUCGGUACACAAAACUAUGCAAGUGGUCCAAAUUUGAAGCCUGUAGCUUGAGAAAUGUGAAAGUAGGUCAAUAGGUCAAAAUCAAGGUCAAAUUUCAGUUCAGAACACAAAUCUAUGCAUGUAGUCCAAAUUUGAAGCCUGUACCUUCAAAAAUGUGAAGUAGGUCACUAGGUCAAUGUCAAGGUCAAAGUUUGUUUCGGUACACAAUCCUAUGCAUUUGGUCUAAAUUUGAAGCCUAUACUUUCAAAAAUAUGAAAGUAGGUCACUAGGUCAAUCUUAAGGUCAAAGUUUGUUUCUGUACACAAAACCAUGUAUGUGGUCCAAAUUUGAAGGCUGUAGCUUUAGAAAUGUGAAAGUAGGUCACUAGGUCAAAAUCAAGGUCAAAUUUUGUUUCGGAAUACAAAACUAUGCAUGUGGUCCAUAUUUGAAGCCUAUACCUUCAAAAAUAUGAAAGUAGGUCACUAGGUCAAUGUAAAGGUCAAAGUUUGUUUCGGUACACAAAACUAUGUAUGUGGUCCAAAUUUGAAGGCUGUAGCUUGAGAAAUGUGAAAGUAGGUCACUAGGUCAAAAUCAAGGUCAAAUUUCAUUUCGGAACACGAAACUAUGCAUGUGGUCCAAAUUUGAAGCCUGUACCUUCAAAAAUGUGAAAGUAGGUCACUAGGUCAAUGUCAAGGUCAAAGUUUUUUUAGUGCACAAAACUAUGCAUGUGGUCCAAAUUUGAAGGUUGUAGCUAAAGAAAUGUGAAAGUAGGUCACUAAGUCAAAAUCAAAGUCAACUCAUGUCAAGGUUCAUCGAGAUCUUGCCACUCAAAACCAUACAUGUGGUCCAAAUUUGAAUGUUGUAGGUUAUUUACAAGAAGUUUUUAAAAGCUUUUCCCUAUAUAAGUCUAUAUGUAACAUGUGACCCCCAGGGUGGAGCCAUAUUUGACCCUAGGGGGAUAAUUUGAACAAACUUGGUAGAGAACCACUAGAUGGUGCUACAUUACAAAUAUCAAAGCCUUAGGCUUUGUGGUUUGGACAAGAAGAUUUUCAAAGUUUUUCCCUAUAUAAGUCUAUGUAAAUCAUUGACCCCCGGGCCGGGGCCAUAAUUGACCCUAGGGGGAUAAUUUGAACAAUCUUAGUAGAAGACCACUAGAUGAUGUCACAUACAAAAUAUCAAAGCCCUAGGCCCUUUGGUUUUGGACAAGAGGUUUUUCAAAGUUUUUCCCGAUAUAAGUCUAUAUAAACCAUGUGAACCCCGGGGCGGGUCCAUAUUAGAUCCCAGGGUAUUAAUUUGAAUCAUCUUGGUAGAGGACCACUAGAUGAUGCUUCAUACCAAAUAUCAAAGCCCUAGGCUCUGUGGUUUUGGACAAGAAGAUUUUCAAAGUUUUUCCCUAUAUAAAUCUAUGUAAAUUAUAGAAAUAAACAAAGGGCCAUAACUUACUAAAAAAUUGUUGAACCAGUCUGAUUUUCAGGGGGACACAACUAGGGUACCAAUAUAUCAUUCUGACAAAGUUUGGUCAAAAUCCCCCUGGUAUUUUCUGAGGAGAUGCGAUAACGAGAAAUUGUUAACGGACGGAAGGACUGACGGAAGGACUACGGACCACGGACGCAGAGUGAUUUGAAUUACCCACCAUCUGAUGAUGGUGGGCUAAAAAUGUAGUUUUUGGCCAAACGCGCUAGGCCACUGCAUCACUGUAAAAUUUUCUAGGUGUGAAGAUUAAGUUAUGCUGAUAUUUGACUUGACCCCAGUGACCCCAUAUACAAUCCUAGCUGUGUUUUUUUAAAGCUACCUAUAGGCCAAUUUCAAUUUCAAUACAUCCACGCAAACUAAAGUUACUGAGCGGAAACUGUUUUUUCUCUCUACUUUUUGCAACAGUGACCUUGACCUUGAAUUUACUGACUCAUUUGCGAUCGCAAACUCAGUCUCCAUGCAAGCUACCUAUAUACCAAGUUUCAUUUAGUCACUUCUUAAACAAGUUAUUGAGCGGAAACCGAAAGUUGACGCAGCCCACCCGCUUAUCCAAGGUCAUUCACCAAUCUAAUAACCAGGUUUCUUUGAAAACCUGAUUAAAAGUACGAAGCAGACUACAAUCUUGUCCCUGUUGAUGCUAAAUGAGAUUAAUUACAGAUUACACAUAUGCUAAGUAAAUAAUGGGCCAUAACUUUGUUACAGCAUAAAAUAUAGUAAUGAAACCUGUACAGUGCAUGUCAGAUCGUCACAGGAAACAAGUGUAAGAAAGUUUUAAUCCGUUUAAUCAAAUGAGAUACACGCUUAAAUACAAAACUUGACCAAAAGUUGCAAAGAGCACCACUGUGCAUAGCCAAUUUAUGGAUCAUAGUUUAAAGCAUUCUGAAGUACUGAGUGUAAAGUAUUGAGUUAGCAACACCAUUUUGUAAUACAUUUAUCUGUUUUUCUUUGAAUGGAAGUGCACAUGACCUUUGACUAAAAAACAUCAAAAUGUAGAUGGCUCCAUUGUAAAUGUUCUUUUUUAACUGUCACUGUAAUCUAAACAUUUGACCCACUGACCUCAAAAUGAAUAGUCACUGCCCAUAUGUUUCACCAACUGCCCAAUAUGUGCCUGCAAAAUGUGAGGGUCACAGGCCUAAAAAUAUUGACAGGAAAUGGUUUUUGUAAUAACAAAUAAUGUGACCAUGACCUUUGACUGAAGCUUUCAAAAUCAAUAGGGUCAUUCAUUGCCCACACAUAAUGUGUACCAAGAUCUACCAAGAUCUAUGAUCCUUGGCCCAAGCGUUCCCAAGCGUUCUCAAGGUAUCAUCCGGAAACAAUUAAAAUGUUUCGGGGCAUUGUGACCUUGACCUUUUGACCUACUGAAUUCAAACCUGUAUUUAAUAAUGCUACACCUGUGUACCAAAAUUUAUUUAAAUCUGUCGAGUCUUUGAUGAGUUAUUGCCCGGAAACCAAGAAAACCAACGGACCAACAGACAAGCCAACUCCUAUACCUCCCCCUACCCACACGCUCCUCACCCCCCCCCCCCCCCACGUCCGUUUUGUGGGGGUAUAAAGGUAAAUAGAGUUAUGGAAUUUGUUAGAUAAUCACUGUUAGCAAGUGAGUGCAGUUUCAAUCAAUUCUCAAAAGUGGUUACUGAAAUACCAGCUUACACACAAAAACUAAGUUACUUAAUCAAAAGAUGCCAGUGUGAAACUUUGCCUAUUUCAAAAAGUCAAGCGUAAAAGCGGCAUAACUACACGAAAUUUCAUGCCAACGAAAUUAAAUGAUUUUACAGUAUGUCAUAUGUAAGCCAGAGUUAUAACAGAAUCCUUAUGAACUUAUCUUUUGAUGCUUAAGAUGUACUAGAUAUCAUUUUAACGAAGUUGAGAAACCUGCUCGUCUCAUGUAAAAUAACUCCAAUGAAUAUCACUGAACCGUAACAUCUAAUUAGGCUUGGCAAUGGUAACUCAGGACUGUAAAGUCUGAUGGAAUUAUUCCAACCAGUGGUAUAGAAGAAGUAGCACAGAGCAAAGAAUUUGACAAAUCAAGGGUCUUGACUCCACUCAAAAUCAUUUAAUCAGAACAUAUGAAAAUAAUUUGCGCUUCACACAAAGCACUCCUGGAGUUUGGUGAAAUUCAGCCAAACUGUAUGCAAUAAGUAGUGUAAAAUCUGUAAAAUAUGUCAAAUCAAGGGUCAUGCUGAAAAUCACUGAACUAGAACACACAUGUGUUGACAUGUGUAACUAUACUUGGCACUGAUAACUCCUGUAAAUGUUGGUGGAAGUCUGCCCAAUGGUGUAAGAGAAGUUGCCGUAAUAUCAUACAAUUUGAAAAACGAAGGGCCAUGACUCCCCUAAAUAUCAUUGAACCAGAACAUCCAGAUAUAUAUAUUGUACUUACAUAAAAUGCCAUAACACUGCUGAAAAACACUGAAUCAGAACAUGCCCAUGACAUACACAACUAGGUUUGGCAUUGAUCAUUUUUAUUACGGUUUGUGAUAUUCCAACCGUAUCUAUCAGGAGUUACAUGUACAAGUUGAAAAUAUCGAUCUGAACCGGAAAAUGUUGACCGUAAUGUCUUAAGGCGGAGAAUCCGUGAUGACUUAAGGCAGCGAAUCCCCGUUAUGUUUUAAGGCAGUGGAUCUGUAAUGACUUAAAACAUUGGAUCUGUAAUGACUUAAGGCGGUGGGUCCGUAAUGACUUAAGGCGGCGGGUCCGUAAUGACUUAAGGUGAUGGGUCUGUAAUGACUUAAGGUAAUAGAUCCGUAAUGGCUUAAGGCAGUGGGUCUGUUAUGACUUAAGGCGAUUGAUCCGUUAUGACUGAAUGUGGUGAUUCCGUAAUGACUCAAGGCGAUGGGUCCGUAAUGACUCAAGGCGGUUGAUCCAUACUGUCUUAAGGCGGAGGAUCCAUAAUGACUUAAGGCGGUGGGAAGUAAUUUCCUAUCAAAUAAGUUUUCUCCGUUCGUGAUCUCAGAAAUUCCCAGUUGUCCUCCUGAGCUUCACUUAAUGCCGAAGAAAGCCAAAAUUAGACGAGAAUGCGAAAUCGCACAGAAAUUGCUUAUGAUAUAUUUACUUCUGUAGGACCGUCACAAAAGCGUAUUGAGCUUACUGAAAAGCUUUAGGGGUGCAUUCAUGUUCAUCCUGCUUAUCAUCUAUACCUGCAGUUCACGUGGUGUAAUUAUUUAAAAGAAAAAAGUUAAUACUAUAAAGGUUUUCAGCCCGUAUGAACAAAAUACCAACAUAUAGAUCCCAAUUUUGAGGUGGUACAAAUACUUUUCGUCUGUAAAAUCAUUUAUAUGAAUAAUCGACAUAGUUAUUAGAUAUUUAAGUCACGGGUGGUAAAUGCGCAAUCCAAUGCCCGCUGGGAAUACGCUUAAAAUGGGUUGCGCGACGUCCGGUGCUGGUGUGCGCGUAAAAAAGACUAAAUUGGGGUAUGUGAAGUUAUGAUUUUGCUUAGUAUGAGACAAUAAUAAUUUUUCUCGAAAAAAAGGGCAAAAUGCUAUGCGACACAAAUAUGAUAAUACAUCAUAUACGAAAAAUAUCUGGUUUGUAAUUUAUGAUUCGGCUCUAUUAUUACAAAAGCCCAGGCGACACGAAAAGUGAAAAAGUAUAAAAUAAACAAAUAUGGCAGUUUCUGACCUCAUAUGCCUAAUCUGAUGACGCCUGAUGCUUUUCAUAAUUACUCAACAGUUAUAAAGUAACAAAUAUCAAAACUAUUUGCUUCAAAUCCUGAUUACGGGGACAUAAUUGACAAAAAAUCAUCGGCGAUGGGGUUGCACACAUGAAAUGGAGUUGCUCGUAUACAUCAUAAUGUAUAUAAUGUAUAUGCGCAACUCCAUUCCUGGGGCGCAAUCCCAUUCCCGAUUAUUUUUGCCCAGCUUUUCCCCAAAAACAACAUUUCACUCAAGUUUAUGUAAUAUUCAUGACUGUUUUACACGUGUUUGAUCAUUAGAAGCGUCACAUUUCCAGAAGAAGGCACAAGAGUUAGAAAAUUCGCAUUAUUCAUGAUUCCAUACUGUUUUGACAGUUCGAGCCAGCAGAGUUUUCGUGAUAACAGGACUGAUUCUUAAAUUAAUAAUUUGGUAUUUCACACAUACGAUCUUUAUUAAUUUUUGUGUCGGAUAGCAUUUUGCUUAUUUUCGAAAACACUCGUAAUUGUGUCAGUAUUUACAAAAGCAAAAACCACCUACCUCGAUUUUGUAUGAUUGCGCGUUUACCAUCCGUGUUAGUAAGUAUACAUAUUGUGUGCUUGUAAUCAUUUCUUUUACUCAUAAAUUCAUAUUGGUUUUCCUUUGUUAAGAAAAGGACAUUGAAACGACUGCAGAAAAUCAAAGAACAGCCUAUCUUUUCGCACUACACCUUCACAAAUAUAUUGAAAUAGGAAUUGUAUGCCAGUUCCGCAAUGUUUUAGGGACAUAUAAACGUAACAAUACAGUAUAUAUAUAUAGCAAAACACUUGAAAUCGUACCAUAUCACUGAAUGCACUAGAAUUGUAGGGGGAUAUAAAUGAAUUAUUAUUGACAGUGAUAUUAUGCAGAGUAGUGCUUCUUGUGCUCUUUAAAUCUUAAAAAUUAUUUUCCCUUCCUUAGUAUUUUUGUUGUUUUGUUUUGUGUAGUUUAACGUCACACCAAUACAAUAAUAGGUCAUAUGAAAACUUCAACAUGUUUAAUAUGCUUGUUUCUAUUCACUGUUUACAAUGAAACUUCACAUGAGAGUUCAUUCUGCAGCUACAUGCAACUAGGCAAAUUUUCACUGGGGCACAUUUGCUGCAUACAAAAUUACAGUAGAUUGAAUCCUUGCUCCUCUUCACCAAAAAUCUAAGUGCAAGUAUACAGAAAAGUUGAUGUUCACAUGCCCAGUUUUUUGUGGUCAAAGAGGAUCUCAGACGCACUUCCCGGUAUUAUGGCAUGAUAGAAGAAAAUAGACAAUUUGGACCCGUUGUAUUUAAGUUCGUGGAACGUUGAGAAUACGAUAUCGAUGCUCCUGGCCAGGUUUUCAUGACUGAUCACCAUCUGUUUAUGUUUGAUUCUGUAAGUUGUUUAAAUU